GAAAAGGAAAUAACAAAACAAGAUCCGGUUCGGUUUAUAUUUUAAUUUAAACCGAAACCUUCGAGAGUUGAAGACGCGAUGGGGAUCUCUUCCUCCGUACCUUCGUACUCCGCCUCUUUCUCUAACUCCACCACCACGGCCUCUCCUCCUCCUCCGUCGCCGCCGUCUCGCGUCAAUGAGAAAUCUUACGGACCUGAGAGGCCUCGAUUCUUCGAUGGAAAGGCGAAGAACAAGUGCUGGUCAAACGCCGACGUCGUCCCCGGUCGACAUCCCGAGAGGUGGCGAAAAGACGCCGCCGGAAACGUCGUCUGCAAAAGAUUCGGAAACUGCGGCGGAUGUCUCUGUUUCGAGUACGAUCACAUUGUUCCUUACUCCAAAGGUGGAGAAUCGACGGCGGAGAAUUGUCAGAUUCUUCAAACUAGAGUGAACAGAUUCAAAGCAGCUCAGGAGAAUGUGGAUGCUGAGACACUUAAGGGUUAUUCAUGUGGCCUGCAGUUCACAGACAAGGAGCUUGAUGUUAUUGAAAUGGCGGUUUAUGGAGACGUGUUACGACCUGGAAAAGAAUGUCGCUGCAAAACUGUAGCCGAGCUGCUUGGUCAGUACAAGGCCAAAGAUGGUAAAGCCGCGUGCGAGUUACCAUCAUAAUAAUAAAGCAUCUCUUUGUAAAGCAUUGAUUCAUCUCAUAUGCUCAAACUUUGCAUCUAAAAUCUUUUACUCAAUUUGGUAACCAUCUGUUUGCGAGAGUAGUGAUGGUGAUUCUUUUUUUUUUUUUUUUUUUUUUUUUUUUUUUUUUUUUUUUUUUUUGUCACGGGCGGUCUCCGGAAUCCCAGAGGACUCGAACCCAGGUGCCUUGGGAUCCAGUUCACUCUAGUGUUACCACUAGGCUAUUCUGUCCCGGCAGUGAUGGUGAUUCUAUCCCUUGUAUUUUGUUGUAAGAUUGGAAAUAAUAAUAUUCAGAUUAUACUACUACAUACCUUUAAGACUUUAA